AUGCAGCAUCUCGGCGAUGGUUCGGGCAUCUACCCCGCACACACGGGAGCAGAAUAUAUCCACAUGAACACUAUUACGGACGGCAUGCCGGAGCAACGUGGUGUUGUGGGUGGCGAAAUGGGCCAAGUGGACGAUGUCCAGCCGGCCAACGCCUUUGAUUCGUUGCGCGAAGAAUUCUUUAGCUUUGGUGGCGCAAUGACUACCAGCACCUUCUUGGACUGUAUCGUGCGCGCGGCGAACACCGGCAAUGCCGAGCCCAGCGCCGACUCUCCUCACACCGACGUCCUGAACCACAUCGAGCGCGGCGGGGACGACGCGGCUUUCAACCCCAACCACGCCUCCAACGAAGGACCUCCUUCAACGUUCGAUGCAGCCGGACCACCACAGGCUUCCCAUACGCCUUCGACAACUUCGACACCGGCCCUGACGUCGGCCACAUCGAGUCCGGCAUCGUCGCUGAACGCACUUUCUCCCAACUUGCCACCUGUUACUGGAGAUGUCAGCGCGCAGGACAACUGGUAG